AUGGUCACUACCUCUGCAGGGCCCGGCCUGUAUUUUCUUGACUUUGAAACUAUGGAGGCCUGGGGUCAGUGUUGGGUUAUAAGUGACAUCAGGCAACCUGCCCAAGCAUGCAGCACUGCCCCUGAAUCAGCACUUGAGCUGAAGCCGAUCAGUCAUUGUCCCAGCCUUUCAAAUCUUACCCAGGUCACGAUGGUGCCGUUGGGGCACUUAGCCAAAGGGGCCACUUUGGAAGAUCUUCUUGAAACCUGCAUUCAGUCUUUUGAUUUAGAAGGAAACGCAUAUCAAAACAACCAGCUGCUAAAGAUAAUUCUGGCCAUGCAUCAGUUUAUCAUCUCCUCUGCAGACAUGCUCCAGAAACUAAUUGAUCUCUAUCUUAAUGCUUUAGAAAAUAAAUCUUCCAUGCUGUGUGUAAAGAUAUGCUAUUUUGUGAGGUAUUGGAUUACAGAGUUCUGGGUUAUGUUCAAAAUGGACUCUAAACUAUCCACAACUAUGGAGGAAUUUCAAGAACUGGUUAAAGCUAAUGGUGAGGAGUUACACUGUCGUCUAAUUGACACAACUCAAAUAAAUUCUAGGGAUUGGUCUAGAAAGCUGACACAGCGUGUAAAGGCCAACACCAGUAAGAAACGGAAAGUCUCGCUUCUUUUUGAUCACCUUGAGCCAGAGGAGCUGUCAGACCACCUUACCUAUCUUGAAUUUAAGUCUUUCAGAAGAAUAUCAUUCUCAGAUUAUCAGAACUACAUUGUGAAUAGUUGUGUGAAAGAGAAUCCAACAAUGGAAAGAUCAAUUGCUCUUUGCAAUGGUAUCUCUCAGUGGGUGCAGCUAAUGGUUCUUAGCAGACCAACACCACAGCUUCGGGCUGAAGUGUUCAUCAAGUUCAUUCAUGUUGCACAGAAGCUCCACCAGCUGCAGAAUUUCAAUACGCUAAUGGCAGUGAUAGGCGGUCUCUGUCACAGUUCCAUUUCCAGACUCAAGGAAACAAGCUCAUGUGUUCCUCAUGAUGUAAUUAAGGUUUUUAAUGAAAUGACGGAACUGCUUUCAUCUUACAGAAAUUAUGAUAGUUACCGACGUGCCUAUAAUGAGUGCAGUAACUUUAAGAUCCCAAUCCUUGGGGUCCACCUGAAAGACUUGAUAUCACUUUAUGAGGGCAUGCCAGACUACUUAGAGGACAAAAAAAUUAACAUAUACAAACUAUACGCUCUGUAUAACCACAUAAAUGAGCUGAUACAACUCCAGGAAAUGCCACUUCCCCUGGAGGCUAAUAUGGACCUUGUUCAUUUGCUUACACUGUCCCUUGAUCUCUACUACACAGAAGAUGAAAUUUAUGAGCUUUCAUAUGCACGAGAGCCACGAAGUCACCGAGCUGCCCCUUUGACACCCUCCAGACCACCAGUAGUUGCAGACUGGGCCUCAGGAGUAGCCCCAAAACCUGAUCCAAAAACCAUCAGCAAACAUGUUCAGAGGAUGGUAGAUUCUGUCUUCAAAAAUUAUGACCAUGAUCAGGAUGGAUACAUUUCCCAGGAAGAAUUUGAAAAGAUAGCCGCCAGUUUUCCAUUCUCAUUUUGUGUAAUGGCUAAGGACUGGGAAGGUCUGAUUAGCAGGGAUGAAAUAACAGCUUACUUUAUGAGGGCGAGCUCAAUCUAUUCCAAACUAGGACUUGGCUUUGCUCACAACUUCCAAGAGACCACUUACUUGAGGCCUACUUUCUGUGACAACUGUGCUGGAUUUCUAUGGGGAGUCAUUAAACAAGGAUACAGAUGCAAAGACUGCGGAAUGAACUGUCACAAGCAAUGCAAAGACCUGGUUGUGAUAGAGUGCAAGAGAAGACCCAAAACUUCAGUUGCAGACAGCAGCCCAACAUCUGCUCUUGCUUCAAGCCUCUGCCCAGUAGGAGUCAAAGAGCAAUUCCAUGGACAAGAGGAAGGACCAUUCACAUUUCCUAAUGGAGAAGCAGUGGAACACAAUGAAGACAGCAAGGACCGAACCAUUAUGCUCAUGGGUUCCUCAGCUCAGAAAAUCUCAGUGAGACUGAAACCAGCUGUGGUUCAUAAAGGUACACAGACUGAUCCUGUAUUGCUGGCUGGUGAUGUAUCUCAUAGGCAGACAGAGAAGAAAGAACAUAGGAUGCCAGAAAAUCCUUAUCUCCAAGCAGCUCCACCAUCCCCAUGUCCAAGCCCAAUUCUAGGCCGCAGAAAAGCAUAUGUUAAAUGGGAAAACAAGGACUUCAGCCAGAAAAUGAAGGAGGAGCAUCACAGCUGUAAACCCUCAUACCAGGAACUUGAGCAGGAAAGAAAUAUUCUAAAGGCAGACAAUGAAGGUUUAAAGAUCCAACUGGAACAGGCACAUAAAAAAAUUGAAUCUCUCACAAUCCAGAGAAGAAACCAUGUAGUUGACAACCUACAACACAGAGACUGCUCCUAG